AUGCAAGGUUUUAUCGACAGAAAAUUUCGAAAGGGAGUUGAUCUCUGUUUUCAAACUUUAGUGCCAGGUAAGACAAUUGUACUGAUGACUAUGCUUACUUCAAAUUUGUGCUGACUGAAGAAGAGCAAAAUGGAGAUGACUUCUCUGGCGUAAGCUUCGAUCAUAGUGCUCAACAUCCCAGAACAAUAAGAUUAAAGGUCACUCGUUUUGCGAGGUUGAUUGGCAGACGAAAGGCCGAUGAUGAGAAUGUCGAACGAGAGGCAGGAGAAAGAAAGAGCGCCCUCAACAAGCCCCAAGCAAUUAGCGAGGGGUUGUUGAAGGAAGGAAUAACACACGAGACUGUGUAUGUAAAGCGUUGGUCAAACAAGACCGGAUUCGGACUAACUCAAUUUUCAGCUUGGCAGGUGGUAAAAUAUCAAAACACACCCCCAAAACAACAAGAAACUUCCCCAAUGGCAAGCGGAAAGAUAUUUGGGAGUUUGAGUUUGUUUUAAGCACCGCUCGUAGGUUCAUACAAAUUCCCUUACUCGCCAGGUAGUCUGACUCACUGUUAGCUUAUCUUGAUCGCAAUAAUAUGCGCAAAACGCCAAUACCACUACAAAUGUAUUCCUGGCAUUGUUUGGAUGACCAAGAGAGGAAAAGUUGUUUCAAGCUUCUUCAGGUAACUUCAAUACUUGCAGCUAUGCUGCAAUAGCUACGUACAAUACCAAUACUGAGAGCGAAGUCUCACUUUGGAACACGCAACACCCAACAAUGGUCAAGGCGAAGAAGAGGACCCAAGACGUUGGCUCCCGUGGAAUCUCCAAGUACCGGAGGAAAGACAGGUGAUCUUUGAAGAUCUCCAGGUUGGUUAUUCUCUGUCAGAAGUAAACAAACCUAACAUAGCUGGAUAGGAACGUAUCGAUCUUCUCGAAAGGGGCCAUCCACCCAAAGAAAUCCAAACGAAAACAAAGUCGCUUCCUGUCAAUACUGAAGGCUCAGCAGAGAAUACCAACGCACAUGAAAAGCCGGCCAAAGAUGCGCCAGUAAUAAAUCUAGUUUCGGACUCAGAAUCAGAACCUGAGGAUGAAACCGAGAAACACAAAAUUAUCAAAAGAGAGAUAGUCGAGUCCGUUGACCAGAGCAUUCCAAGCGAUGAGGGUAACAAAGAUACCGCUCCAAGGAAAUUGAUUCGUCGGAAGGCUACUAACGCUAAAACCUCCAAAUCCAUUGCAAUCAAGCGUGAGAAAGCCAUUAAACCCCCCGUUGGACAAAAGCGAAAACAUGAUAAAGCCCAAGAUGAAGAACUGGCAAGGUUGAAGAGAGAGGAUGAAGAUCUGAAGAAGGAGCGAGAAUAA